AUGGCUGAAUCCGUUAAUCAAUCACCGAAACGAAGAGUUGAGCUUUCGCGUUGUACGGCGUCCGAAUUGCUACCGCCGCCCAUUAAAAGGAGGAAGGAGACGAAAGAGGAGGAGGCGUCUCCGUCGUCGUCUGGGUUACAGUCGUUACCAGACGAGUUGGCUUUGAGCUGCCUUGCUCAUGUCUCGAGAUCGGGCCUCGCGUCCUUAGCUGUUGCUUCCAAGACCUACCGCAAUAUCGUAGCUUCCCCUGAGCUCCGCGACUUGAGACGGCGGCGGAUGAGUUCCUAUUCCACCACCGAGGCAUCUUUCUACGUCUGCUUACGCCUAGUUCCCGAACGAACCCCACGCUGGUUCAUCCUCACGCCUAAGCUCCGUCGGCUGAGCCCGAUCCCGUCAAAUCCCAGCCAGGCUUCGGACUCAUCCACUUUCGUGGCGGUGGAUGGAGGCAUCUACGUAAUCGGUGGACUCAGAGACGGCAGGCCCACUUCGGAUGUAUGGUUCCUCGAUUGUUUCCAUCACACGUGGCGACGCGUCCCGUCCAUGAAGAGGGCCCGCGCUUCCGCAGCGGCAGGCCUCGUGGACGGGAAGAUACACGUGUUUGGAGGGCUCGCCGGUUGCUCAAACUGGGCAAGGGAGUUCGAGGUGUUGGAUCCAAAGACCCAAACUUGGGAGUCCUUGUAUGGAGGGCUCGCUGAUUGCUCAAACUGGCCAAAGGAAUCCGAGCAGGAUCUUUUGGCGGCGGAUAUCAAACAAAGUGUGGUGAUAGAUGGGAAGAUGAUUUACGCAGUGAAUGUAGAGGGUAAGAGCUUCCGGAUCUUGCCAAGUUAUGCUGUAGAGCUUUGCAGUAAAGACUCUGAGCAGCGCUUCUGCAUCUUGCCGAAGCCUGGUAUAGCGCUUUGCAAUGUAGACUAUAAGGCAGGACGCAGAAACGAUUGGUGCGUCGUUGGGAAAGAGUUGUACUGUCGUGAUACUCGCGGGAGAAUACUGUGGUGUGAUCCACAGCGUUUGGAUUGGGAGGAAGUCAAGGGUUUGGAAAAGCUGCAAGGUUUGCAAGUCAAGGGUUGGGUCUGCCCACGGCUGAUGAGGUCGUAUAUGAUAUCGGAAAACUCUGCAGCAACGCGGCUGGGAACAUUGUCGUCUUCUGGAACAAGCAGCUUGGGAAUCUCGAGAGGAGUUUGGAGCUUUGGUGUGCGGAGGUUUCAGUGGAGAGACGCAAGCAGGGAGGAGAGGUUUGGGGGAAAGUUGAGCGCUCUGGUGCGGUCUUCAAGUUUGAUCCCUUCGCACGCUCGAAUACCGUUGAGGUCUUAUAUUCGGCUUCUGUCUAUGCCUAACAAAUUAUAA